AUACUUGUUACAACAUGCAUGAUUCAGUUUGUAUCUUAAUUAUCUGUGUAUACGUUCAAAGACUGUCAAAGAUUAAAAAAGUAGGUAGGUACCUGAGAGUACCUAAGUAAACACUACAUAUUUGUAUUUUGUUGUAUGUCUAUUUUUGUUGAAUACUGAACAGUUUCUGACUUCUAUUCCUUCUAAACAAAUUAUGAACACCUAAAUCAUACCCAACGCCAAAAUGAAGUGUUGUGUGCCUUUUUGUGUAAACAAUUCGGAAAUACUACCAGACAUAGAGAAUGUUACAUUUCAUAGAUUACCAACAGAAGCGAGCCGUCAUGCUGCCUGGAUUGAAUCUCUGGGUAUUGAAAAGAACCAUUUGCAAAAAGUUCUAUUCGUCUGCUCUCUGCAUUUCAGAGAGGCGGACUUUUAUACCACUAAAGGUGGACAGAGGGCUGUACAGAGAAGCGGUAUUCCAAAAACUGAACAGGUUUGCAUCGUAUGUCUAGACACUGACAACAAGUUAUAUCCCUUGAAAUAUUAUAAUUUGGACGGGGCUUAUGAAAAUGUGACUGGAAUUUCGUUAAGAUUAUUCAACGUAAUCCUAUCACCGAAAGUUUGCUCAGAAUGCGGCCAGCGUCUGAUAAACUGUAAUACAUUCAAAGAGAAAAGUUUAAGAGCACAUAAUUUGUUAUUGGAAUUGAGUAGCAAAGAUGAAUUGCUAAGAAUACAAAAUAUUAAGGCGAUAAAUAGAAAGAAACAAAAACUAAAAUCCAAUUUAAAGAAAAACUUUUUCGAACCUAACCACUGUGAUAUGUUCUUGGUCCGCGACGAAAAUAACGAAAACAUUAAAAUAGAGAACAGAGAGAAAAGUAAAAAUGUGAAAUUGGAAAACAGAGAGAAAAAUAUAAAAAUAGAGAGUAUAGUCUAUGGUUCGGAUGAUAAGGCUGAAGUGAAAAAUGAGUCAGCUGCAAACGUAACGAAAGAGGAGGGAAAGAAUAAUUCCAAUUAUGAAAUUGCUAGUGAUGAAGAGUUCUUACACGAUGACAUAGACAGUGAUAUGUUUUUAAAUUGUGGCAUAGACAAAGUAAGCAGACCGACUAAGACAAACAAUAAUAAGGUUAUAAAAACUAGAACUGACGACGCAGAUGAAUUUACAAAUGGUGGCAGUUAUAAAAACCUCAGACUUUUGAACGAGGGAAUAGAAAUAGAUGUGAAAUUCACAAACAACUAUUACGACAUUGAUUUCCAAAACGAAAAUGAUAAGACUGCCAAUAUUACGAAUGAUAAUGACACAAGUGUCAAAUUUCCCAUCGAUGAUGACGUUGACAUGGAUUUCCCAGACGAGAACGAUAUGCACGUGGGAUACUCGAACGAUAGCGACAGCGAUAUCGUAUUGGUUCAAGGAAGCUCCGAACAAAAUAAACCACCAAGAAAAUGUGUCGGCAAACCCAAAAACAAAGUUAAAUCGCAUAUAAAUAAGAGCGAUGCACCAAAUGUUACGGUUAAAGUUAAAAGGGGGGGUAGAAAACGUAAAACUCCUGGCACAGGGCGUUAUUUGAAAAGAAAAGCGCCCACAGGCGACAUGGAAAUAUUUAAUGUAACGGUUCUGACAUACGAAGAACAGAUCGAGGAUAUACAGAGUAAAAAAGACACCCCGCUGUACAAGAAUUCCACGUUCAAAUGUAGCUUCUGCUACAAAGGUUAUCAAUACGAGGAUACCUACGACGCUCAUAUGGAACAACACACAAACAAAUACGGUGUGUUCGAAUGCGCUAUCUGCAGCAUUCACACCAAGAGUCGUCAGAAACUUUUGCAUCACCUCAACAUGACACACAUGGUGCGUUACACCUGCACCAAAUGCCCCUUCUACACAAGGCACAGAAACACUGCGAAAUCGCACGGUCGCUGGCACAACGGGGUUAAGUCCAAAUGCAAAUACUGCGACGUGGAGUUCAGUAAGCUGACAUCCCUGCUGUCACACCUCCGCAAGAAGCACCCUUCAGACCAAGUUUGCGCGCUGUGCGGGUACUCGUUCAUCGGGGAGCGAGGUCUGGCGCUACACAUGCAGAAGAAACACCAGUUCGACGACUUACAGUCAGAGCCACAGGGUCCAACGUGCGUAGAGUGCAACAUCCGGUUCGCUUCUGACACAGCGUACGAGCAGCAUGUUCGGGUGUCGCCAAAGCACAAUGCUGCAGAUAAUCUGGAACGCAACGAACCGAGAUGGCACAAACCAAAAGCGCCCCCGCGGUUCAAGGGCGAUCAAACUGUCACUUGCGAGGAGUGCGGCAUGAAACUAAAAGGUUUCAAGUACUACACCUAUCACUUCAAGAGACACCAUCGUGACAAGAUCCGCACGCAGUUCGCGAACGGUCACGAGAGGUGUCUGUGCGAGCUAUGCGGACGGGUUCUGCAGCACCGCAGCGCCCUCAAGAGCCACAUGCUGGUGCACACGGGCAAGCGCGACGUGCAGUGCGCGGUCUGCGAGAAGCGGUUCUUCCACCAGCGGCAGCUCACCAUCCACAUGGAGACGCACAGCGAGCCCAAACGCACCUUCGACUGCCCCGUGUGCGCGCGCAGCUUCACUAGCAAGUCCAACAAGAACCGCCAUCUGUGGACCCACACCCAAGUAUCGAGGCCUUUCAAAUGCCACGCCUGUCCGAAGACCUUCGUCUAUCCAUCAGAGAGGAAAAUCCAUAUCAACCACGCGCACGCAAACCAGCCUUAUCCCAAGAAGAGUAAAAACCGAGUCAGGAACAGUCGGCCCAGGCAUAUGAAGGAGGCCGUGUUCGGCCAAAUUGGGCCUCAAAACGCAAACGAGGCCUCGUACUCCAGUGAAACCAGUGGAAUGCUUCAUGAGUGACGCAAGUGAAACCACAUUGAUGAGACUGUCCAGGGGAAUUUGGGAAAAUUCCUCCUAAAAAUAUUACCGAAGCUACUCUAUUUAACUCUACAGUCAAAAUUUUGGUCAAUCGAAAAUCACAGAAGCCUUGUACUCUAGUGUACUUCACAGACAAAUUGGGCUUCAGAACGCAAACGAGGUCACGCGUUCUCUAGUGAAAUGUACAGUGUACCAGACAAAUUUGACCUCAGAACGCAAACGAGGCCUCGUACUCCACUGAACUGUACAGGAAAAUUGGGCUUCAGAACAACAACGAAGCCUCGUACUCUAGUUAACUGUACAGGAAAAUUGGGCUUCAGAACAACAACGAAGCCUCGUACUCUAGUUAACUGUACAGGAAAAUUGGGCUUCAGAACAACAACGAAGCCUCGUACUCUAGUUAACUGUACAGGAAAAUUGGAAUUCAGAACAACAACGAGGCCUCAUACUCUAGUAUGCUGUACAGAAAAAAAAAAUUAUAGAAAAGUAUGUUUCUAGCUUUAAAUCUUUAUUUUAUUGUGACAAAGUAUAUUGUAUAAAUUAACUUUCUUUUAUAUGUGGAAGAGAAAUCUUUUAUCAUAUACAUUCAUAUUUAUUUCUGUGAAAUGAAUAAUUUAUUGCAUCGAAAGUG